AUAUAAAAACUCGUGCGAUUAAAGUGAACUGUUAUUUCUUUAAUCUAGCUAGUCUUAUUUUAAGGCGAGAAAUAUGAAGUUGCUCAUCGUGGUGAUUGCAGUAGUCUUAAUGACAUGGAAGGUCGAAGCUAAUUGGGUGAAAGAAAUGGAAAAUCCGGGAUUAUAUGAGGGUGAUAUGGUGUUGAGCCCAGACCAAAUGAAAGAAGUGAAGCAAGGAACAUUUACAUUUUCGUCAACAAGCAAAAAAAACAAGCUAUGGCCGAAUGGUGUUGUUCCUUAUACGGUUAACAGUGACCUUGCUAGGGAGAGUGAGUUCAAAAGGGAAUUCGACAUUGCUAUUGCACAGUAUCACAAGUACACCUGCUUACGUUUCAAAAAAAGAACAAACGAGGGAGGAUACAUCAACUUCUAUAAAGGUGGCGGCUGUUCAUCUCCAGUUGGAUAUGGUGGAAGAAGAAAUGGUGUUUCUUUAUCGAAAGGUUGCUGGUGGAGGACUACCAUUAUGCAUGAAAUUGCGCAUAGUUUAGGAUUUCACCACGAACAAAGUCGACCAGAUCGGGACAACUACGUCAAGAUUCUAACACAUAAUAUUCACUCAGGCACUGAACAUAACUUUAGAAAGCAGAAUAGCUAUGAUGUCGACUCCAAAGGAACACCCUACGACUAUCUUUCCAUGAUGCACUACUCAUGGAAUGCAUUUGGCAAGGACCAAAGAAUGACAAUUCAAACGAAAGAUCAAUCAAUGCAGUAUGAAAUUGGACAGGAUGAAGGAUUUUCGCAUAUUGAUAUUGAGCAAAUUAAUCGUCUCUAUGGAUGCACUGGAACAUACCCAACGUUGCCUCCUUACGUCAAGCCACCUCCAGGUUGUUACGACUUGGGCGGUGCUUGUGUGAAAGGAGCUUGGGAAGGAAACUGCAACAAACGUGAAUGGAAAAGCUAUAUGCACUCAAAAUGCAGAAAAUCUUGUAAACUUUGCGGGGGUGGGCCAAGACCAAGUGGGACACCAGUUACUUUACCGCCAUGGAGCGAACCGACAACAAAAUCCACCACAAAAAAAACUGGUGGUGGUGGAAACUGUCGCGAUCGAGUUGUUGAUUGUCAAAGGCUUGGUAAACACAGGUGUACUGACAGCAAUCCAGUAUGGAAAGAUUACAUGGAAAGAAACUGCAAGAAAUAUUGUAACAAAUGCUAAAGAGAAAUAAGCACUCGUAAUUGCAAUUUUUGUGUUUAUUUUUAAAGACAGUAUAUAUAACUGUGCAAA